AUGGCAGAGAUUGCUCUUGCCGGAGCUACUGCAGCCCUCAGACAAACCGUUGGUGUACUUGGCAAUCUAGUUUUGAAAGAAGGUUCUCGCUUGUCUCGUUUGCGAGAAGACAUUGUUUGGAUUGAACGUGAGGUGAGGCAUAUUCAAGCCUACUUGGAGGAUGCUGAAGCCAAACAAGGGGGAAGCAGAGGAGUGGCCAACUUGGUGAUUGAUAUUCGAGAUCUUGCUUGUGAUGUGGAGGACAUUAUGCAGAAAUACUUCCCCUGGAUAGCAUCACACAAAGGGAAGAAGUUUUCGGGUUGUCUCAAGAGUGCCACUUGUAUUGUCUGCUAUGGUUAUGAUACUCGUAACUUUGCUGUGGAGAUUGAAGGGAUCAAAAGAAGAGUUGAGGAUAUCAAUCGUGUCAGACAAACUUAUGGCAUCAAUGAAUCUAGUGGUAGUUGUGGGAGAGACAUGUGGGAUGAAAGACCAUCUUUUCCUCAUAUUGACGAACCAAAUGUUGUUGGUUUUGAAAAACACAUUGAAGAUUUGGUGGCAAAAAUGCUCAAUAAAGAAUUACAAGGUCUUGUGAUCUCAAUUAUUGGCAUGGCAGGACUGGGCAAAACAACUCUUGCUAAGAAAGUUUUUAAGUCCGCUAAACAUAAUUUUGAGCGUUCUGCAUGGAUUUAUGUUUCUCAGCAACCAAAUAUAAGAGAACUUUUACGAGACAUUGCACGACAAGUGGGCUUAGAGAAGGAGAAAUGGGAGGAGAACAUCGAGGUCAAUUUGUUUACAUUCCUUAGCGAACACAGGUAUGUAAUACUCCUUGAUGAUAUGUGGCAUAUUGAGACAUGGGGUGCUAUAAAGAAUGCCAUCCCUACCAAUACGAAGAAUGGGAGUAGAAUAAUUCUCACUUCUCGAAACAGUUAUGUGGGUACUCAUGUCGGCGGGAAGAGCUCUCUACAUGAGCUGCGGCCUUUAAAUAAAGAAAACAGUAGAAAACUCUUCUUUAAAAUGGUUAUGGUUGAAGCAAGUGAUCCCCCUCAGCUGGAGAAUAUUGAGGACCAUAAAAUUUCUGCAUUCAAAUUAGUUAAUUUAUGGGCAGCCAAGGGAUUUAUACAAGGUAGUGGAGUGAGAGAGGUUGAGGAUGUGGGGGAUGAUUAUCUAAAUCACUUGAUUGCGAGGAACUUGAUUCAAGUUGUUCAAAGGAGGUUUCAUGGAAAGGCCUCUUCCAAUGAAGUUGGCAAUUUGAAGAACUUGCAUUACCUUGGAUUGGGAUCCACAAAUUAUAUAGAAAUUCCUCACACCAUAAGCAAUCUGAGAGGUUUGCUAACCUUUGAUGUUCGAGAAAGUAGUGGUUGUGUCAUCCUUCCUGAUGUUAUUUGGACUAUGAAGCAACUAAGACAUAUACUCUUACCUCGUUCCUGCAAGGUUCCUCCGUUCUGUGGGAUCAACUUGGAUAGAAUAUUUUAUCGAACUGAAAUUUGUUUACCAAAUCUCCAAACCCUAUAUGGGUUGAGGGGAGAAGUGUGGUGCGAUUUCAGUUUUUUGUACAAACUCGUCAAUUUGAGAAAGUUAGGUGUUCAUUCGUCUGAGCGUAUCAUUGAGAUAUUGUCAGACCCAACACUCGUACUGACCAAGCUUGAAAAGUUGUUCUUGUCAAAUAUCGGAGGUGAGAUAUUAGGAACAUGGAAUUUGUCUCGAUAG